CAUCAAAUCCCAUUUCUGUGCUUUUUGUUUGGAACCUUGAUCUUUUUAAUUUUAAUUGAAAGAAUUGUUUCUUAUCCUUAAUUCACCAAUUAUUUUAUUUGAAUGCGAAUUUUAGUCAGUUAUGAAUUGACAUUGAAAAUUAAAACUAACUAAAAUGGCAACUUUAGAAGAUAAAAUUUUAGGUGAUAAAUUACACAAUUAUUGUAGUAGCAGUGAGGAUGAAGAUGAAUGCGAAAAUUCUGAUACGGAAUCAGGAAAACAUGUGAAAAAAACUGAAGAAACACCUUCGAAUCCGCCGGAAAUUGAUGCCUGGGAAGGAACCUCAACCAACACAGGGCCAAAAGGUGUAAUUAAAGACUGGCAAAGAUAUAAACAACUUGAAAAUGAAAAAAGAGCUGAAGAUGAAAAAGAAAAAUUAGAACUGCUGAAAAAACUAACUUUGACUGUUCAAUCAGCUCUGGAUGAAGAAAAGGAAAAAGCAGCAGCUGAAGAUCCUGAGUUAGCUGAGCUCUUAGAUGAUGGAUUCCUUUUAGACUAUCAGAAGCAAAGAAUGCAAGAAAUGUUUGAACAAGUGAAUCAUAAUAUAAAAUUUGGUCAAGUUACUUCUCUCUCUACAGGACAAGAAUUCCUCGAUGCCAUUGAUAAAGAACAUAAGUCAGUAAAAGUUAUCGUACAUAUUUAUGAGAAUGAUGUUGAUUCUUGUAGAGUUAUGAAUAACUGUCUGAUAAAACUAUGCAAAUUGUACCCAUAUGUUAAAUUCUGUUCCAUAGUCAGUUCUAAGGCAGGAAUGACGAAUAAAUUUAAAUCUAGUGGUGUUCCAGCUCUUCUUGUUUAUAAGGCAGGCAAUCUUAUAGGAAAUUUUGUUAAACUUGCUGAUGAACUUGGUAAUGAAUUCUUGCCAGAAGAUGUACAAGAUUUUCUUGUUGAGCAUGGAAUGCUAGAAGAUAAAUCUUGUAAACCUACAAUUAUCAGAUCUCAAUAUGAUUCAGAUAGUGAUUGAAUUAUUUAUAUUUAUUAGAGGUAUGUUAGAUUUUAAAAAGUUCUAUAUUAAUUUUCUAAGAGAAGUUCUAAAUUAACAACUUAUUUCUGUUGAAUAUCACACAAACUUAUGUUGGUUUUGAAACUGUGAGUCAAAUUUUUGUUUUUUUAUCAAAAUUUGCAUUCUAGAAUGCAUCAAUAUAUGUGGUAAUAAUUUGUUAUUUCGAAAUUUUUGUUGAGAUGAUGGAAACAAAUAAAAUGUUUACCAAC